AUGCAAAAGCAAAAUCUCUAUUUGGAGUUAAAUUCAGUUUGUGAUGCAGCUGGGUCAGCCACGUGGGCCUUUGGCAACGCACAUGUGGUCGCUUCUGUGUACGGUCCGUUAGAGGCUACCAUGUCAAACGAACUCACGCAUCGCUCUGCCAUCGAUUUUAAUAUUGUGCCUGUCUCCGGCAUGCAUUCUCCCUCUGAAAGUGAAAUGGAGACUUUCCUCGUGCAGUUCGCUGAACGUCUUAUUGAAACUAAGGACUUUCCACGUUGCCAAGUAUGUAAUCUGUAA